GUCGCUACCCAGCCGUGACUUAGUGAACGGUUCGCGGGCUCGCUUCGCAUCCGAUUAUUACGCGCAACACUACCCAAGCGGUUUACGAACUUGUCAAAUUAUUUCGUCGCGUUACGAUCUAUUGGACUGUUACAGUUGUUUGUUUUUUUUUUGUAUUGUUUACUCUCUUUAUUGGCUUGAGUGCGUGUGAUCUGUUUGUGUUCCGGGAUAUAGAUCGCAAUAUCGGUGGCGGAGAACAACUAUGUUUUCAUGAGAACCUUGAGCAAUACCUGGUCAACAAACAGUGUAAAAUAGAAUGGUGUUACCAAUAACUUUUUGCGGGUAAUUUAAAACCUUCCCGCAAACUCUUAAGGUCUAGAAUUGAAAAUUUCCUCAGACAGAAGAGCCUUAAAAGAGAUAGGGUGGCGCUGUUUAAGAAUAGUGUUAGCUUAGGCGAGGUAGAGUUGGGUUAGGUGGCGAGGGGGUUGUUAGGGUGUAGAGUCCAGGAUCUAGGGUGGCGCUGCACGGAGGGUGGGGGCGGCCGGCGCCGGCGCCAGCGCACGCCGCGACGCUCGUGGGCGGACUGGUUGCGCCGCCGCGGGAACCCACCACGGCGGCUGAAGCCUUUUGGAAAAUGCCACACAAAGAUGAACUCAUGCACAGCGCGGCUAUGGGUGGUGGAGGCCUCUUCGGAUGCUCAUCGGCUGGUCACAGCGGCAUCAAUCAGCUGGGCGGGGUCUAUGUCAAUGGACGACCGUUGCCGGACUCAACGCGGCAAAAGAUCGUGGAACUAGCCCACUCCGGAGCUAGACCCUGCGACAUCAGCCGCAUCCUGCAGGUCUCCAACGGCUGCGUCUCCAAAAUACUAGGCAGCUUCACACGCAGAUAUUACGAGACGGGGUCGAUAAAGCCACGCGCGAUUGGUGGGUCCAAGCCCCGGGUGGCGACCACUCCAGUUGUCCAGAAGAUAGCCGACUACAAGCGGGAGUGCCCCUCGAUCUUCGCCUGGGAGAUCAGGGACCGCCUGCUCAGCGAAAACGUGUGCAAUAACGACAACAUACCCAGUGUGUCAUCAAUAAACCGAGUACUACGGAACCUGGCCUCGCAGAAGGAGCAAGCGGCAUCAGCGCAGAACGAUAGCGUGUAUGAGAAACUAAGAAUGUUCAAUGGUCAAGCGGCGACUGGAUGGUGGUAUCCAGGGUUACCCACCGCGCCGACCGCACCGGCGAUACCAGCCCCACUGCCCCCUCAACUCAGGACCACAACAGAAGAGCAAAAACGAGCAGAUACAAUUCAGUCGGAAGCGGGUUCAGACGGGAACAGUGAACAUGCGUCAUCAGGUGACGAGGACUCGCAGAUGAGACUUCGAUUGAAGAGGAAACUCCAGAGGAACAGGACCAGUUUCACAAAUGACCAAAUAGAUAGUCUCGAGAAGGAAUUCGAGAGGACCCACUACCCGGACGUGUUCGCCCGGGAGAGACUCGCUGAAAAGAUUGGAUUGCCUGAGGCACGUAUCCAGGUAUGGUUUUCAAAUCGUCGUGCAAAAUGGCGUCGCGAAGAGAAACUCCGGAGCCAGCGUCGCGACGCGCCGGCCGCGUCUCCUCCCGCACCCCCCGCGCCGCGACUCCCCCUCAAUGGAGGCUUCAAUUCCAUGUACAGCCCCAUACCGCAACCCAUUGCCACAAUGGCUGAUUCUUACAGCUCGAUGUCCGGUGGGCUCUCCUCUUCGUGUCUCCAGCAACGGGACGGCGGCUACCCCUACAUGUUCGGGGACGUCCUCGCCAGCGGAGGAUACUCCAGAGCCCCGGCGGCGCAUCAGCAGCACCCGGCUUACUCACAGCCACAGCCCGCUGGCAGUACGGGUGUGAUAUCGGCGGGCGUGAGCGUGCCCGUGCAGAUACCGUCGCAGGGGCCCGACCUCGCUUCCAACUACUGGGGCCGGCUCCAGUGAUCUCAGCUUUUCGGGUUCCCGCAUCGGCUCCUAGCGAUGCCUGAGAACCCGAACUCCCUGUCAGAGUCGCCAUCUAGCGACGUGGCGCACAACUACGCCGACGCGCGCCUCGCCCUGAGCAUGGCGGCCGUGCCCGACGCGGCGGCGGGAGACCAAAACAAUUCAGUGUCGUAAGUGCAACGCUGUACGUGUCUACUACCAGUUUCCGUUUUCGUUUCUAUGGUGCAAAUAUUUAUAGAUUGUCGUGUACAGUGAUUAAAAUUAAUUAUAAAGCGCCCUGUAAACGAUCAAAUUGUUUGUCAAAUUAUUUGACAGUAUGUAGCUUUGUUUGACGCGUUUGUCAAAAAGUUGGGGGUGUUUGUCAAACAAGAUCUCAGUCGUUGCUCGACACGACGUCUCGUUAUUGAGAAAACCGAAUCUACGGGCAAGUUAACAAACUUAUUUGAUCUUUUAAGCUAUUGUUUGAUGAAAAACGUAAAGUUUGACAAACAAAUUUGAUCGUUUACAGAGCGCUUAAGGGAUGCAACUGAUGAUGUUCAAAAUUAGUGUGUAAGCGUCGUGACCCUCACAGCGGAAUGUGCAGUGCAAUAAACACACUGACAUUUAUUUAUUUUCAUAUAUUAUAAUUUGUGUGACGGCUGCACGAGUCAUUGUGCUCGAUGAGUGUAAAUAUUAGGGUAAGCGACAUCUAUCGUCGAGUAGAUGAAGUAGCGCGCCGUCGCUGUUCAGCGAGGAUAUUGUAAAUGUAAAAUCGUUUGUGCCAACGUUUGUUAUAAUUGAGUAUUACGCGCCCUAUACGUGCACAACCCUUUUAUUUCUUUGAUGUACGUCGCAGGGGUGGGAGAUUUUAAUGCCGCGACGAAAAAUAAGCUUCGUUAUAACCAUUUGUUUUCGGACCCCAGCGUUGGCGUCGUCAAACAAAUUGUCACACAGAACAAUCGUGUUUGUGACGCGACUACUUUGUGUAUAAUAAACUAAUAAAUGUUGUAUCGUGUUCAUAUUAAAUAUACAUCGCAGCACCUCUAAAACGAAUUGCGUUAUUUAUUUUAAAUGAUUUAAUGAUCGGCAUUUAUAAUACAUAUCGACGCUUGAAAG